GCGCAGAGCCAUCUUCCAGAGCGGAGAGCGAAGAGGAAAGGAGGGGGGAGAGGAGAGAGAGGAUCUGGGGGACCCCGGCUCAGAUUGUCGGCUUUUUUUAAAGACAUUUUGGGAUUCAGAUCGAGAAGUGUACGGUGCGGGGACAGGACGUACCUGUGGACAUUGGGGCUGGGAAACCGGUGGGGGAUCGCGGGAGGACUUACACUGACAAGCUGUUGUAUGAAAAAUAUGAGAGAAAUAUGAGAGGGCAUCUAGCUGUAGUAGUAGUAGCAGCAGUAGCAGCAGCUACAAACAGGAUGAAUAGCUAGCUACCUAACAUAGCGAGCUAGCCUUAUUUGCCGGUGUACAAAUGUCAAGUCUGUAUUGCACGGUGGAUGAAGUUAAUCAGAUAAAUUUAAAGAAGGUUAACUUUAGUAUUCAGGGACAAUCAAAAUAUAUUGGCGGAUAAACAAAAGAAAAUAGAGAGGAAAGCGUUUGUUUAUGAGGAGCUAAGCUAAACUAAGAAUAUAUUUGGGUUAAGCUAGGUUAAGUAUUUCCAUUUUUAACAAAGCUUUAAAGCUUUGUCAGCGUUAAAAUCGUAUUGAAUAUUGUUCCUCCCUAUUAGAAAGGACUGCGUAUAUCGUUUGGACAUGUCAUAUCAGCUCUAAAAUGUGUGUGAACGCUUUUUUGCCCAGUUCAGAUUAAGCUGGCAGCAGCAGCAGCCUUCUCAAAACUAUUUGCUAGUGACUAACAGCUAGCUAUCUUAGCUAACUAGCUUAGUUAGCUUAGCUGUUAGCGUGCUGCCUUUUGUUCGUUUGUUUAUUUUUUUAUCUGAAUAGACAAAGCCUAAAACCCCACACAAGUAUUUUUUUAACAUUUGAACUGGUGAAUUGGUUUAAACUGGCCGUGUUUGUUGUAAGCAAGUCGUUGUUACAGUUGGGGCCUGGCUUUCUCCCCCUCCUCAGCCUUAGUUUUAUGUUUAGCUAGCUUAGCAAGCCUACUUAGCGUUAGCAUAGCUUGGCUAGCCGGAGGAAGCGCUAACUAGCUAGCUAGCUAUUAUUGCGAGACAAGAGGAAGCGAGAGGCUCAGCUGAGUGGAUAAACAAGAGAAAUGGGUCGCAAUGCGGGAACAAAGUAGCUAAGCUGGCUAGCUACUAGUGAAGUAGCUUAACUUUUUUAGAUUGGAAUCUCUUUGUAAGUAGUUUCUUUGGACAUUGAACUGGAAAUAGGAUUGGUUAGCUAAGCAGCUUUCUAGGGAAAUAUAGCUAGCGUUGUCGUCCUUACAGUGAAGUGAAGUUAGUUUGUUAAAGCAAGCUAACUAGCCUGUAGAAAUAGAGAGAGAGAGCGAGAGAGAGAGAGAGAGAGAGAGAGGGAGAGAAGAAAUAUAGAAAGAAAAAGAGAGGAAGAGGAAGGUCUUAGCUGUGUGGCUUAUUCUUUAUCUGCUGUGCAAAAGUGGUAACGUUAGUUGGCUAGCUAACCUAAUUAACUAGGAGGUCCAACACAAAGAAACCAUUAUCUAGAAAGAUAAAAAAAAGUGUUAAACUAUUUCUCUUAGCUCUUCUUAAGUCAAAGUCUAAAUCUAAUCUCAGGGCAAUUUGUGCAUAUUAAUUUCAUCUAACCUAGAUAAACAUUUAACCAUUAUUUUUUUUCUCCAUCUGUAGCUGGUUGAUUAUGUGAAGUUUAAAAACUCUAGCUUUAGCUGGAUAACUUAACCUAAUCAGUGGGAACACUCUCCGGAAAAAAACAUGGAUUAACUCCACAUUAAAGCUGUCUGAAGAUCAUCAGAUGUGACUGAAAUGACUCGACGAGUAUGGAGUGGAUGUACUUUGACGCCCAGUUCAGGUUGUCAUCGUAAAUAGCCCAUAUUUGCUGACUGAGAGCAAAACACAAAGAGAGACUUGCUUGGCCUGUGAGACUUUUUUUCUGGGAGAGUUUCCUUGCUGUGUUUUGGUUCUCUUCACCUCCCCUCCCCCAGCUGUAACUGACUGACUUGCCCGGUGGAAGAGUGCUUCGCCCAUGCAGGCUGCCUGCUCUCUCUGUCAGCUGUGAGCUGUCCUACUCCCAAAGCUUCAAACUAACUAGCUAGUGCGCUCCUUGUUGAAGUCCUCAGCUUUUUCUAAUUGCAACCAGCGAAUGUAAUGGAACUAAUGUUCGCCGAGUGGGAAGACGGAGAGAGGUUCUCCUUUGAAGACUCUGACCGUUUUGAAGAGGAUUCCCUUUGCUCAUUUAUAUCAGAGGCAGAGAGCCUCUGUCAGAAUUGGAGAGGAUGGAGAAAGCAGUCUGCUGGCCCUAAUUCACCAACUGUUAAGAUUAAAGAUGGACAGGUUAUCCCACUGGUGGAGCUGUCAGCCAAGCAAGUGGCAUUCCAUAUCCCAUUUGAAGUGGUGGAGAAAGUCUACCCUCCUGUUCCAGAGCAGCUUCAGCUCCGUAUUGCCUACUGGAGCUUUCCUGAAAAUGAAGAGGACAUCAGGUUGUACUCUUGCUUGGCCAAUGGGAGUCCUGAUGAGUUCCAGCGUGGCGAGCAGCUCUAUCGGGUGAGGGCUGUGAAAGAUCCCCUGCAGAUAGGUUUCCACCUCAGUGCCACUGUUGUCUCGCCCCAGGCUGGCCAAUCAAAGGGUGCCUACAAUGUGGCGGUCAUGUUUGACCGCUGCCGGAUCACUUCCUGCAGUUGCACAUGCGGAGCCGGGGCCAAAUGGUGUGCUCACGUGGUGGCGCUAUGCCUCUUCAGGAUUCACAAUGCAUCUGCUGUGUGUCUGCGAGCCCCAGUAUCAGAGUCCCUGUCAAGGCUGCAGAGGGACCAACUUCAGAAGUUUGCACAGUACCUCAUCAGUGAGCUUCCACAGCAGAUCUUGCCUACAGCCCAGCGUCUCUUGGAUGAGCUUCUAUCCUCUCAGUCCACCGCUAUCAACACAGUAUGUGGAGCUCCAGACCCUACUGCUGGACCUUCAGCCUCUGACCAGAGUACCUGGUACCUGGAUGAAUCCACCCUUAGUGAUAACAUUAAGAAAACACUGCACAAAUUCUGCGGCCCUUCGCCUGUUGUGUUCAGUGAUGUGAACUCUAUGUAUCUGUCCUCCACUGAGCCCCCGGCUGCAGCUGAGUGGGCCUGCCUACUGAGACCUCUGAGAGGUAGAGAGCCAGAGGGCAUCUGGAAUCUUCUGUCCAUCGUCAGGGAGAUGUUCAAAAGGAGAGACAGCAAUGCUGCUCCAUUACUGGAGAUCCUCACUGAGCAGUGUCUCACCUAUGAACAGAUCAUUGGAUGGUGGUACAGCGUGCGAACAUCUGCAUCUCACAGCAGUGCCAGUGGGCACACAGGCCGCAGCAAUGGUCAGACAGAGGUGGCGGCUCACGCGUGUGCUAGCAUGUGUGAUGAGAUGGUGGUGCUGUGGAGGCUGGCGGUGCUUGACCCCACCAUGAGCCCCCAGAGGCGUUUGGAGCUUGCUGCCCAGCUCAAGCAGUGGCACCUCAAAGUGAUCGAGAUUGUGAAGCGUGGGCAGCACCGCAAGUCUCUGGACAAGCUCUUCCAGGGUUUUAAGCCAGCUGUUGAAUCCUGCUACUUCAACUGGGAAGUGGCUUACCCUCUGCCUGGCAUUACUUACUGUAGCACAGACAAGAAGAGUGCCUCCUUUUGUUGGGCCAGGGCAGUUCAGCAGCAGAGAUCCAAGAUGGGGGCAGGUGGGGAACCUUUGGAGCCGGGAGGAGCAGGAGGUGGAGGGCGUGGCGGGGGAGGUGAUGCAGGAGCUUCUGAACACAAAUCACGUAUUAGCUCUCAUCCUCCUCAGCAAGAGGUGGCUGUACGACCCAAGGAGACAAUUGUGAGCAAGAGGAAAGGCCUGCCAGGAGUGAACAGUGGUGGAAUGUUGGUGCGGUUAGGAGGUAGUAUGUCCCUGUCGCUAGAUGAAGGUACGAAGGGUGCGUACAAAGCCAGCGGUUCCUCUUCCUCCACUAGCGGCAAAGCCAAGCUGACGCAGAGCAGUAAAAGCUCAUGUGGAGGCUCUGGUUCUGUUGGAGGGAAGCACCCCAGCGCUAAGCGACGCACCAGUAGCGAGGACAGCUCUCUGGAGCCUGAUAUGGCUGAACUGAGCCUGGAUGAUGGUUCAAGUCUGGCGUUGGGGGCGGAGGCAAGCAACACAUUUGACUUUCUGCCUCCACCACCAGAGAUGCUGCCCUCGCCCAGCCCUCUACUGCGAGAACCACGCAAGUAUGGUAGCGGAAGUGGCAAUGCCGCUAAGGACCGAACAUUUGAGGGUAAGCGUGUCACCCACUCAGCGAUACCACUGGCAGCUGAUACACCUCACUGCUUCUCCAAAGAGAAUGCUAUGGUAGUAGCAGUAGAAAACGAAGUGGACGUUGAAGCAGAACUUGAAGAAAACGGAGCAGAUGAGGAUCAAGUAGAGGAUGUUAGACCCUCUACCUCAGCAGCUGCAGCAGUCCCAGUAGCAGCCAAGGCUUCCCGAGGCCGAAGAGAAGGUGAAGGAAGUGGGGCAUCAGGGACACCUGGGCCUCAGGUCCCAGAGGCGGCGGCAGCAGCAGCAGCUGGUGGGGACCCAGUUGGCGAAGAUGAUUAUCAGGCUUACUAUCUCAGUGCUGCUUCUGAAGAGGGAGCAGAGAGAGGAGUUCCAGACAGCAGCCAUGAGGAGGAGCCAGACAUCUUCGCUGGGAUUAAACCUCUGGAGCAGGAAGGACGGAUGGAGGUGCUGUUUGCAUGUGCAGAGGCCCUCUAUGCUCACGGGUACAGUAAUGAAGCAUGCCGUCUGGCUGUGGACCUCGCAAGGGAUCUGCUGGCUAACCCUCCUGACCUCAAAGUGGAGCAGCCACAGACAAAGGGUAAGAAGAGUAAGGUGUCGACCAGCAAGCAGACCCAGGUGGCUACAAACACCCUGUCUAAAGCAGCCUUCUUGCUGACCGUCCUGAGUGAGAGGUUGGAGUUCCAUAAUCUUGCGUUCAGUACUGGCAUGUUUUCCCUGGAGCUCCAGAGACCUCCAGCCUCCACCAAGGCCCUGGAGGUGAAGCUGGCAUAUCAGGAGUCAGAAGUGGUUGCUUUGCUGAAGAAGAUUCCUCUGGGUCUGGUGGAGAUGACUGCAAUAAGGGACAGAGCUGAGCAGCUGCGUGAUGGAAACUUCUGUGAUUAUCGGCCAGUUCUGCCCCUCAUGUUGGCCAGUUUCAUAUUUGAUGUUUUGUGCACCCCUGUGGUUUCUCCGACGGGUUCUCGCCCACCCAGUCGAAAUCGCAACAACGAAAUGCCAGGUGAUGAAGAGCUUGGCUUUGAGGCUGCUGUUGCUGCACUGGGUAUGAAGACUACGGUUAGUGAGGCAGAACAUCCUUUGCUGUGCGAGGGCACAAGAAGGGAAAAGGGAGACCUUGCUUUGGCCCUAAUGAUUACCUACAAGGAUGAUCAGAGCAAGCUGAAAAAGAUUUUAGACAAGCUUCUCAACCGCGAGAGCCAGACCCAUAAGCCCCAAACGCUGAGCUCAUUCUACUCCAGUAAGCCAGCCACCAGCAGCCAGAAGAGCCCAUCCAAACACAACACCCAUGGAACUGGAGGAGCCACAGGGGGCGUGUCCAAACAUGCAGCACCAACGGCGACAGGGGGUUCAACUUCUGUCCAAGGUGUGGCUGGGGCGACUGGACAACAGGGUGGGCUGACGGGUGUUCAAAGCACAGCAGCGGGAGAGGCGGUUGGCGAGAGCCGAGAACAAGAUGGAACUCAGUCAUCUUCAUGUGAGCAACAAAAUGAAGUGGCUCCCUUUAAGCCUGAGGGUACAGUUCCUAGCCGCCUGGCACUCGGGGGGCGUGGAGCCUAUGGGACACGCUGCUGGGGCUCACCUGUGCGACAGAAGAAGAAGCACACAGGCAUGGCAAGCAUUGACAGCAGUGCUCCUGAGACCACUUCUGACAGUUCCCCAACGCUAAGCCGACGCCCAUUGCGAGGUGGCUGGACGGCUGCAUCCUGGGGAAGAGGUCAAGACAGUGACAGUAUCAGCAGCUCAUCUUCUGACUCCUUGGGUUCAUCAUCAUCCAGUGGCUCACGUAGAGCUGGUGGAGGAGCCAGAGCUAAGAGCACUGACACCAGCAGGUAUAAAGGGCGUCGCCCGGAGUGCCACGCUCCUCAUGUGCCCAAUCAGCCGUCAGAAGCAGCCGCUCACUUUUACUUUGAACUGGCAAAGACGGUGCUGGUGAAAGCUGGAGGAAACAGCUCCACAUCCAUCUUUACUCAGCCCUCAGCCAGCGGGGGCCACCAGGGACCCCACCGCAAUCUGCACCUCUGUGCCUUCGAGAUCGGCCUGUAUGCCUUGGGUCUGCACAACUUUGUGUCUCCCAACUGGCUUUCCAGGACGUACUCUUCCCAUGUGUCCUGGAUCACAGGCCAGGCUAUGGAAAUUGGUAGUGCUGCCCUCAACAUCCUUGUUGAGUGCUGGGAUGGUCACCUUACCCCACCAGAGGUGGCAUCACUGGCAGAUCGGGCGUCACGGGCACGGGACCCCAACAUGGUGCGGGCAGCAGCGGAGCUUGCCCUGAGCUGCCUACCUCAUGCUCACGCCCUCAACCCUAACGAGAUCCAGAGGGCGCUUGUGCAAUGCAAAGAGCAGGAUAAUGUGAUGCUGGAGAAGGCCUGUAUGGCAGUAGAAGAAGCAGCAAAAGGGGGAGGAGUUUACCCUGAAGUGCUGUUUGAGGUGGCUCACCAGUGGUACUGGCUCUAUGAGCAGACUGUGGGCGGAGGUUCCUCUGCACAGAGGGAAGGCCCGAGCCGAUGCGGGGCGAACGGUGGGGCGGGUCGGAGACCUGUAGAGGGAAGCUGUGGUGUGCUGGACAGUUCAGGGGUCAUGGAUUCAUCAGGUGUAGCAACAGUGACUGCGUCUGUGACUGCAGCUGCUGUGGUGCCAGUCAUCUCUGUAGGCUCUACCAUUUACCAGUCUCACACGAUACCUGGCUCAGCCAUGGCUCACGCACAGGGUCUGCAUCCCUACACAACCAUUCAGGCCCAUUUACCCACUGUCUGCACCCCGCAGUACCUGGGACAUCAGAUUCCGCAUGUGCCCCGCCCCGCCGUCUUCCCAGUGUCUAGUUCUGCUUAUCCACAAGGAAUGCACCCUGCCUUUAUUGGUGCCCAGUAUCCAUUCUCUGUGGCAUCUGGCCCUCAUCCCCCCAUGGCAGCGACUGCAGUCACCUUCCCAGGAGUUCCUGUACCGUCCAUGACUCAAAUUGCCGUCCACCCGUAUCAUACCGCAGAAGCAGCCUUGCCCCUCAGCACUACUGUGGCAGGUGGGGUUCACUCAGCCUCCACGAUCCAGGCUAUUCAGGCAGCUUCUAUUCCGGGCCUUUCCACUCAGCCAGCCUCAUUGGUCAGCACGCCGUUCCCUUUGGAAGAUGAGCAGCAUAGUCAGCCAAUCAGCCAGCAAGGGCUGCACUACCUUCAUUCAGCCUACAGAGUUGGCAUGCUGGCUCUGGAGAUGCUGGGCAGGAGGGCUCACAACGAUCAUCCCAAUAACUUCUCCCGUAGCCCACCAUACACAGAGGAUGUCAAAUGGCUGCUCGGCCUCGCAGCCCGACUUGGUGUAAAUUACGUGUACCAGUUCUGUGUGGGGGCUGCUAAAGGUGUGCUGAGUCCGUUCGUCCUGCAGGAGAUCAUUAUGGAGGCUCUGCAGAGGCUAAAUCCUGCACACAUACAUGCUCACCUCCGCACUCCCGCUUUCCACCAGCUUGUGCAGCGCUGCCAGCAGGCCUAUCUACAGUAUAUCCACCACCGGCUGAUCCACCUGACCCCGGCGGACUACGAUGACUUUGUGAACAUCAUCCGGAGUGCCCGCGGGGCGUUUUGCCUGACCCCGGUGGGCAUGAUGCAGUUCAACGACAUCUUGCAGAACUUGAAGAGGGGGAAGCAGACCAAGGAGCUGUGGCAGCGGAUCUCUUUGGAGAUGGCCACGUUUUCGCCCUGAGCGCUCCACGCGCCAGCUGGGACUCUACUACAGCUCUGAGCUCGAGCCCAGCCCAGUCCCAGAGCCUACCUACUGGGUCACGCCCUGCACAAGCCCAUCACUGGCAGCACAAUCAGUCCUCCUCUUGGCCCUGUGAUACUCCAGGAUGGUAACCAAUGUGCAAUCUCGUGGAGUUGCCAAGGCACAGGAGUAAUUCAAGUCUGAGGGGUUCCUUCCCUUAUUAAGUUGUCGAGUUCAUUGUUGUCUGGUUCUUUUUUCUUUGUUGUUUUUUCUUUGUUUGUUUGUUUUUUGCGUGUAUGUGUGUGAGAGACAGCGUAACUUAUGACUAGUGUUUAUCCUCGGAAUCUGUCCAUUUUUCCCUUUUCACUGAACUAUGUUGAUGCUCUGUGCUCUCCUUCUCCUCCUCCCCAGAGUUUGUUUAGGUGGUUGUUGACAUACGACAUUUUUUUUCUUCUUUUAUUUUUUAGUUUGUUCUAUUGAUGUUCGUUUCUUCGUUCAAAUUUGAAUGAAACCACUAAAUGUCAGACUCUCAUACUGCAACAUUCCUCUGCCUUGGAGGAGUGAGCCUCCACCGGUCAUGAAAGAUUUCAACUUUGGAUAUUCACACCGUGUAUAAACGAGGGAGAAUAAACAGAAAACGUUUGUUAAAAGAAUUAAACAGACAUUUAAUAUGAAACAAUAAUCUGAGUACGGGUGAGGAUUCUUCUAUGUUUUGUUUAUCUUUGUUUUUUGAUAUUUUGUAUAGUAUGGUGUGUCUGCAGAGAGCAGUUUGAGGAGUGAGCGAGUGUUAAGUGACUGCUAUGUGAGCUCCUAUUUCCAGUUAGCUGUUGGCGGCAGGCAGGGACUUAAGCUUUUGGAACACAGAGGUCUGGCUGGACCAGAUUUUCUUUUAACUUAAACGAGUCAUGUUUUAAAGUUUCAGAGUUUCUGUUAUAUGUUCACUGCCAGCUAGGGCAUCUGUAUGCGUUCCUUUACAUUUUACAAUAUUUAAAUCUUAUGGAUGUUUAGGUUUUGUUUUCUGAAUAUAUGUACUUACUACCAGCAAGUAUUUGUGCAUAACACAGACAAAAGCAGUAUUCUUCUUUCAGGUUCACUAAGUGAAUCUCUGUCUCUCAUUCUCACCCUUAUUGCCAAAUCCCUGUGUUCCACUCUUAGGUCCAGUGCUAGCUAUGGAGCUCACUAGUAGGGAGUGACUGUGUAGAAAAUGUACUGUGAUAUUUUUGUAUUCUUCAAAGUGUAGCUUCAUUGGGGGGAAAAAGAUCUAUAUAUAUAUAUAAAAAUAAAUAUAUAUGAAUAUAUAAAUUGUGCUGAUUGCAAGAGGCUGUAAUCUAGACUAAAGGAAAAAAAACUAAAAAUGGAACAGACAAAAAGCAAUAUUGAAAAUGUAGAGUUUACUUAAUAAAGAUGACUCAAAACACUAA